UUACUCGGAGUAAUCGAGCUCGGAGAGAGAAGGGACGCUGCUUUUGAUGCAAUUUUGAAAGAUCCGUCCAGGGAGCACUGUUUCUUGAGCUUUCCUGUUAAAAACUUUUGUGGUUUUUUGAGCUUGGACAGAUGGGCGAUGCGUGGGCUGGUCCCCUACAGCUCGACACUACACAAUGCAAUUUGGAAGUUGGUGGAGAGGAGGCCUCGGCCUGCGCCUGCGGGGAGGUAAAAAGACAGAAUAGAAACUGCCCUUUUGGAGCGGAGCGAGAACUCCCCCCUUCUUCUUCUUCUCUCCUGCAAUCUAUGCUGGUUUUGUUGAGAACUUUCCGGAGUGGGUUACCUUCCGAGGAUUCGAUGCUUUCGGGAGAUUGCUGAGGGGGCCAAUUCGGCCUAAAGCUCGGAUCUUUACUAACUAAGGCAACGUCUCUGUAUGUUCGUUGCUGUGAUCAGCUGGUGGAUUAGGUCUAGGGCUUGUGGGAUUCGUGGCGGACAAUAAGCGCCGGCUUGUGCGUUCUCGCAUCAUCUGUGGGUUUGCUGCUGGUUCCUUUUCUUCAUUUGUGGGGUUAGGUUCUUGUGAGUCUUGAUCGGAGCUCGUAGAGAACAGGAAAGAGGUUUAAGGCCUGUACUUUGAGCCUACAAGGUGUUUGACUGCGAUUUUCAGAGUGAUCACUGGUUCUUGCCAAGAUCUUUGCUGCGUUCAGUUUAAUUUAGGCUUGAUGACGAUGGCUUGCAAAAAGUUAGGAUCAAAAGCUGAUCCCUUUCGACGACAAGGGCAAGCCUGGUUCUGCACAACGGGACUUCCAAGUGAUGUUAUUGUUGAAGUUGAGGAGAUGUCCUUCCAUCUUCAUAAGUUUCCUCUUCUGUCAAAGAGUGGACAUAUGGAAAAGCUCAUCAAGGAGAUCUCUGAUGAAGAAGAGAUUUGUGUGGUGAAGCUACAUGAUAUUCCUGGUGGGGCUAAGGCAUUUGAACUAGUAGCAAAGUUCUGUUAUGGUGUGAAGUUAGAACUCACUGCCUCAAAUGUCAUCUACCUUCGUUGUGCGGCCGAACAUCUUCAAAUGACUGAUGAAAUAGCAGAAAGCAACUUGAUUGCACAGACAGAGAUCUUUUUCAACCAAGUGGUUCUUCGUAAUUGGACAGAUUCGAUAAAAGCACUCCAAACAUGUGAUGAUCUUCUUCCUCAUGCAGAAAACCUUCAGAUCAUCAACAGAUGCAUUGAUUCUUUAGCUGUCAAAGCUUACGCAGACCCAAAGCAUUAUAGCUGGCCUAUGAUGGAGUAUGGCAUGAUGCAAAGCCCCGGUGGGAGCGUCUUGUGGAACGGUAUUAGUACAGGAGUUAGGCCUAGAAAUUGUAGUGCUGAUUGGUGGUAUGAAGACGCGUCCUUGUUGAGGCUUCCUUUGUUUAAGAGGCUGAUCUCAGUCAUGGGAUCUCGAGGAAUCAGGCAAGAUGUAAUAGCAGGCUCAGUAACAUUUUAUGCGCAAAGGCAUCUUCCCGGUAUCAGUAGGCGCCACAAUCCGGCACCUGUUGUUGCCACAGCUGCGCCAACCGAAGACGAACAGAGACAUCUUCUCGAAGAGAUUGUGAGUUUGUUGCCCUCAGAAAAGGGCUUGACAUCCACAAAAGUAUUGUUUGGUCUUCUUCGCACCGCCAUGAUUCUCCGAGCUAAUCGAUCAUUCAUUUCAAACCUGGAAACAAAGAUAGGCUUUCAGCUGGAUCAAGCCAACCUGGAAGAUUUGCUGCUGCCAAACUUUUCAUAUUCCACUGAGACACUGUACAAUGUCGACUGUGUGCUUCGAAUACUCGAACACUUCCUAGCUAUGGAUCAAGUUGCCAAUGGGGCAUCGCCUAAUUCAGUCGACGAAGACCAGUUAAUUGGUUCACCUUCAAUUGCACCCAUUACUGCCGUUGCCAAGCUAAUUGAUGGCUUUGUAGCUGAGGUCGCAUCGGAUGUCAACUUGAAGCUGCCAAAGUUCCAAAAUUUGGCUGGGGCAGUGCCUGAUUAUGCAAGACCGCUAGAUGAUGGACUUUAUCGUGCGAUCGACAUAUACUUGAAGGCACACCCAUGGCUCAAUGAAGCUGAAAGGGAACAGCUCUGCCGGCUGAUGGACUGCCAGAAACUCUCCUUGGAAGCCUGCACUCACGCGGCACAGAACGAGAGGCUUCCGUUAAGAGUAGUGGUUCAAGUGCUCUUCUUCGAGCAACUUCAACUGAGGACCUCCAUUGCCGGUUGCUUGCUCGUCUCCGACAACCUCGACGCAUCACGGCCUCUGAGGAGUGGGCUGGUUGGUUCCGGUGAGGCCGGAGGUUGGGUGAGCACUUUGCGGGAAAACCAAGUCUUGAAGGAGGGAAUGGACCACAUGAGGAUGAGGGUGUCGGAGCUCGAAAAGGAGUGCACAAAUAUGAAGCAGGAGAUCGAGAAGCUGAGCAAGGUGAGGAAAGUUUGGGGUGGUGUCCAAAAGAAGCUGGGAUUCAGGGUCAAGUCCCAGAUGUGCAGUGCUCAACAGGAAUCUGUCAGUGACCAUCGGAAGAAGAUUGAAAAGUCGCCAACAAAGAACACAAAGCACAUGACUUUUCACAGAUGAGGUUGGGAUCCUUAAAAAUUUUUCUUUUUCUUUUUCUGGCUGCUGAUGAUUGAUUUCUCUUGUUCUAGUAACUGUAAGUGUGCGGUUUGUAUCUCAGUUAGGAAAAAGUCGGUAUUAACUUGACAUUAUUAUUAAUCACUGAACUCAAAACUGCAAAUUGAUAAAUUUCUGUUAGAGCUGGUUCGAAUCAGUUCGGAUCUUCUGGAUCA